CUAGACCAGUAGUAGUACUACCACCAUCGUAGCCCAAAUCAAACGACCCGGUGGGAGAGAGAGAGAGAGGGGAAAAAAAUUGGGAGGAAAAGUGGAAGAGGAGGGGUGGAAAAGCUUCGAGGUGGGGAGGCAUAAAUCCCGAGCCCCAAAUCGCAAACCCUAGCGCGUCCCGAUCUGCAAUGCCUGGGGUGUGAGGUGGUGGUGGGGGUGGGGGUGUGGCCGCAGAUGAGGCGGGUCGCGCCGGCGAUGAUCGCCGCCGGCGGCGGCGGCGGGUGCGAAGGGGAGGAGGCGGAGGCGGUGGUGGAGAAGGCGCUGCCCAAUGGUGACGUGUACCGCGGCGGGUUCGCCGGGGGCGCGCCGCACGGGAAGGGGAAGUAUGUGUGGGCGGAUGGGUGCAUGUACGAGGGGGAAUGGCGGCGGGGGAAGGCGUCCGGGAAGGGGAGGUUCUCGUGGCCGUCGGGAGCCACGUUCGAGGGGGAGUUCCGCGGCGGGCGGAUCGAGGGGCAGGGCGUCUUCGUUGGCCCCGACGGCGCGACGUACCGUGGGGCGUGGGCGGCGGACCGGCGGCACGGGGUCGGCGCCAAGAGCUACGCCAACGGUGACUACUACGAGGGGCAGUGGCGCAGGAACCUGCAGGACGGGCAUGGCCGGUACGUCUGGGCCAACGGCAACCAGUACGUCGGGGAGUGGCGCGCCGGGGUGAUCUCCGGCCGAGGCGUGCUGAUCUGGGCCAACGGGAGCAGGUACGACGGCGUGUGGGAGAACGGCGUCCCGAGGGGGACCGGGGUGUUCACCUGGCCCGACGGGAGCCGCUACGUCGGUUCCUGGCCGCGGAGCUGCGUCGACAUGCCGGCCAUUAGCGGCACGUUCUUCCCGCCGGUCAGCGCGGGUGGUGGAGGCGCGGUGAGGAAGAGGUCCUCCGUCGAGGGAGUAGGUGACAAGGCGUCAGCCGUUCCUCGGAUCUGCAUCUGGGAGUCUGAGGGCGAGGCGGGGGACAUCACCUGCGACAUCGUGGACGCACUCGAGGCGUCCAUGCUCUACCGGGAGGCCACUACGGUUGGAGGUGGAGUGCCGUACGUUCGCACACAGCGGAGCGUCCGGCGGGUAGCUAGCGGUGGCACAUGCUGGGCGCCAUCGGCGGCUACUACACCGGAGGGCAAAAGACCUGGGCAGACCAUCUCCAAGGGGCAUAAGAACUACGAGCUCAUGCUACAGCUGCAAUUGGGGAUAAGGCACUCGGUGGGAAAGUCUGCAGCGGUGCCAAUGCGGGAGCUUUCACCUGCAGAUUUUGAUCCAAGGGAGAAGUUCUGGACGCGUUUUCCGCCUGAGGGGUCAAAGGUCACACCACCACAUUCCUCCCCAGAUUUCCGGUGGAAGGACUACUGCCCCAUGGUGUUCAGGCAUUUGAGGAAAUUGUUCUCAGUUGAUCCGGCAGAUUACAUGCUUGCAAUCUGCGGGAAUGAUGCAUUGAGAGAGCUGUCUUCACCUGGAAAAAGUGGGAGCUUCUUUUACCUUACGCAGGAUGAUCGUUUCAUGAUUAAGACAGUGAAGAAAUCAGAAGUGAAGUUGCUAAUUCGGAUGUUACCUAGUUACUACCAACAUGUAAGUCAAUAUCGUGACUCUCUAAUUACAAGAUUCUAUGGUGUCCACUGUGUGAAGCCUCUCAAUGGACAGAAGGUCCGCUUUAUUGUUAUGGGUAAUUUGUUCUGCUCAGAAUAUCGGAUUCAUCGCCGUUUUGAUCUAAAAGGCUCAUCCUAUGGACGAACAGCAGACAAAUUUGAAGAUGAGAUUGAUGAGACAACCACUCUUAAGGACUUAGAUCUCAAUUUUGUUUUUCGAUUGCAACGUUCUUGGUUUAGAGAUCUCCACGCGCAACUCAGGCGAGAUUGUGAAUUUUUGGAAUCAGAGGGGAUUAUGGAUUACAGUUUCUUGGUGGGAGUUCACUUCUGUGAUGAGCUCUCUGCCUCAAAGACUGGCUUAUCUACUUUUACGGCUUCUCCUAAGUUCUCAAUGAAGAGGGAGUCACUCCAAGGUGGAGGUGGCAUGCCAGAGCUGUGCUUCUCAGAUCAUGAUUUUGAUAGGAUACCUGAUUGCCGGAAACCAUUGGUUAGACUGGGGGCACACAUGCCAGCCCGGGCAGAGCAAGCAUCUAGAAGGAGCGAGUUCGACCCAUUUCUGCUUAGUGGUGGGGGAUUCUUGGCCCCGAACCAGACUGGUGAAGUGUAUGAUGUGAUUCUAUAUUUUGGGAUAAUAGACAUUCUCCAGGAUUAUGACAUCACAAAAAGGCUAGAGCAUGCUUACAAGUCAUUACAGACCGACCCCAAUUCGAUAUCUGCCGUGGACCCAAAGCUCUAUUCGAAAAGGUUUCAAGAUUUCAUUGGCAGAAUUUUCGUGGAAGCUGGCUAGUCAUGGGUCAAAGGUGCACUGUAAAUUCCAUUCAAAGGCCAGAGCACCGGGCAAUGAUUCGAAGAUGGUUUUGAUAGGUUUUUGUGCACGGUAAAGAAUGCCCAUUAUUACAAACAAUCAUCUUCAUCCACGGGGAUCCGUUAAAGCAACUCAGCGGCUGGGUAGCCACCGUAAGCCUCGACCCAGGAGCACAGGUAAUCGAGUUUGCAAAGUAGUCAGUUCGCUGCAAACUGGUGACAGGAAUUGGAAUGGCUGGAUUUUCAGAGGCAGCCACGACAGAGGUAUCUGUAAAUUUUGUGAUUUGGUGGGUGACAGAUUGGUACUUCCAGUUCCCUAGUACUCUCUCUCUCUCUUUUUCUCCCCCUUUUGUUAGGAUUCCUUAGUGCUUCAGUUUUCCCCCUUUUAUAUAUCUGUUUGAUGUAGAAGGGGACAGGGAAUUUUUGUUUCCAGAAAGAGAAUUUAAGGCUGUAGCAAGCAGUGAAUAAUGAAGAUCAUGUACAGAUACACUUCGAUCCAGAGAAUGGGUGGAUUAUAAUUUAAUUCAGCAUCUUCAUUCCUGUGGG